AUGGAAAUCACCACACAAGAUGCGGGUGGUGUCGCCGACGAGGACUACGAAGUUCUUGAGGCAGGCUUUUCCGAAGGGCCUGGUGAUUCGAAAUUGGCAAUGAUGUUUCAGCGUGACCUGUUCGCAGAAGAGCCGUGGAGUGGUAACCCUCAAUCGGACAAUUACUUCUCCGACGGCUACUGUAUAACCCUCGGAUCUGGCCAAACGGUAUACGGAGGAUCGGAGCAGGUCUCAUUCUCGGGAUCCCAGGGACAGUUUGACUUCUCCGGUCAUGCAGCCAGUAUCCUCAGUGUCGGUCAACAACUCAUUGUUGAUUUUCCGAACUGGACCUGGGGCUCUUUCAAGAAUUCCUCAGAAAGGUCGUGA